AUGUCAGAAGACGUGCUGAAGAAGUAUGGGAAGGGAGCUGCCCUGAUGAUGAAGAUGGGAUACGUCCAGGGGACGGGAUUGGGUGAGAACGGUCAAGGGAUUGUGGAGCCAAUAUUGCCAUCGAUAUACAAGCGUGGAGAGGGAAUAAAGGUGAAUGGUACGAGUAAGAAAAACACUAUGCAGUCAAGGGUGGUAGAUGAUUGGGACAGUGGUAGUGACAGUGAGACUAAUGAUGAUAGUGAUAGUGAAGCUGAUGUUGAAAAAUCGAAAGUCCCGCUCGGGUUCAAAAAGAGUGGGCUCUACCAAUCUGAAUACGAUAUGCCGGAGCUCUCUGACCUUGUAAGGAGGCUUCGAGAGCUGAGUGUAGAAGUACCAUUUGAGCUCAUUGAGUGGGUUGAGUCUAUGGACCCGGAUGAUGUGAAUUCACCAGUUGAUUUAGAGUUGAGAAAGACGUUAUGGGAUAUAUUGAAGAAUGUUCAGGCGGAUAUUCCGAAAAUCAAGUACUUAAAUUUUGAAAUAAAUAAUAUUGAACAGUUCAAUGAAAAAUGCAAGCUAGAUCUUGAGAUUCUACACAGGUGCUACACAGAUAUAUCUAUGAAAAACAUCAAGUUGAAAUUCAACAACACAGUAGUGAAGGAUAUAUUAGGUAUUGAAAGGAUAGAAGAAGCUAGUAUUGAAGCGAAAUUUGCCGUAUUGAAGUUAGUGGCAUCGAAGAUUAUGAAUUGGUGGGAAAGACAGGUUAAGAAAUGUAAUUUCCAGGACAUAUCUAAGUUUGGUGAGUUACUCGACUACGCGUCGGCAUAUAUAGAGCUUUCAGAUAAGAUUGGGGUCGACAAGACGAUAAUGAGGGAUGACAUUGAUGAAGAUGGAGAGAAGGUGGUAAGUAUUAAGUUCUCUAUUAUUGGGUCUGUUAUAUUGAAGCCAUUAUUUUUGAAAUUGGGAGAUUUUUAUAGUGAAUGGAUGGUUGAGAAUGUCAAUCUAGGAGUUGGUAUAUUUGAGGAGUUACGAGAGUCUCAGCUUUUGGAGCCUGGCAUUUUCGAAUUUGUGGUCUUCGAGAGGAUGAUAGUUCCGCAGCUAGUACAAGCGAUUGAGGAAUGGGAUUUGACGAAAAUGGCAUCUACAUCGAAGGUCUCUGAGGAUGAAGCACGGGGUUUUUCGGCAAGUAUUCUUGAGUGGUUGAAAAUAUAUCCGAAAUCUUGUGAUGUUAUCAAGCAGCAAGUGAUAACCAAGUACUGCGUGUGGAUAAUGGGUUCCGUUGGGGAUAGGGACUUGACGUUCAUUGAUCUCAAGAGGAUCGGACUCUACUACUGGCUAGAUGUGUUUCAGGACGAGAAGUACAAUGAGCAGGUUGACAAGGCGUUGCUUUGUUUCUGUGUUGGCGGGUUGAGGAAAGGAAGCCCAUUACAAGAUUUCAAGAGGUGGCAGUCUGAGACAAGCGGUGACGGUCCGGGAGACGGUCAUGACGGUGCAGGCCACCGUUUUUUCUCCGAAGAGGUUUUGUCGAAGAUUGCACUGUUUACGAGACGGAUGAUCAAUCUGAAGUUAGACGAGUACAACGAUGUGGUGUACAACGAGAUUGCGCUUCCCUUUUUGGCGAGUUAUCUGGUGUUGUACCAGCGGGAGGAUACGAAGCGGGAGGGGUAUCUACGACAGUUUGUGCGGACGUGCUCUGUGCUGGGGAUGUUAGACGACGACCGGUGUGGGUUCAGCUGUAUUAUUGAGGCUUUGCGGGGCUGUUACGAGCUUGAAGAGGGUGGGGUGGAGGCGGAGUUCAAGCUGGAGGAGCUUGCUGCGGCGUGCGAAGGCCGGGAGGAGGACUGGCGGGCGGUUGUGGCCAGGGCCCGGAGGAGCAGCAGCGACGCCAGCGGGGGGGCUGGCGGAGGGGUUAGUGUUGAGUUUGCGGAGAGCGUUGGGCGGAAGAGCAUCAAGGAGAUAGUGUUUGAGCGGCUGGAGGCUGCGGGGGUGAGCAUUGUCCCCUGCGGAGAGAAGCAGGGGAAGCAGCUGUACGUGGUGAACGGGCGGCGACGGGUGUACUUUGAGAACAAGGUUGUGUUUGAGGAGGACGGGUUCCCGCUACGGGUGGAGGAGGUUGUGGAGGGCGACGGCUCCUGA